CAAAACCAUGAAAAGAGACAAAUUGGGUUUCGUUCCAAAUUGUGGGUUUCGUUCAAAUCUACUGUUAAAUGAAUUUGGAUCUUCGACCAUAUUUCUCUCUUUUACUAUAAUUUCUUCAGAAAAAAAAAUUGUGGGUUUUGUUCAAAUCUACUGUUAAAUGGAAUUGGAACUUCGACCCAGAAAGAGACAAAUUGGGUCUUUCUCUGGUUUCUCACAAACUGAGAUUGAGAAAAUGGAGAACUUAAUCAACGAAUCAAGUGAACAAGUUUGUGACCCAGAAUUCUGCAAGAAAGUGGCAAAGACAUUCAUGCGCUCUCAAGGUCGUGCAGGAAAACCGAUUGUUAAAUGGACUGAGGUCCAAACUUGGUUUCAGAACAAGUUGCAAUGCUGUUCAUCGAAGGAUAAUUCAGCUGAGGCCAACCAAAAACUGCCUGACGUCACAGAAAGAUGUGCUUUAGAUAAAGCAAAUGAAAGCUCUCAUACGGCAGGCCAAAAAGUUCCAUCGCAAUCAGAACUAGAAUUUGAGGCGAGGUCUUCAAGAGAUGGGGCAUGUUUUGCCAAAAACAAUUACCUUAAUUACAAAUUCCUCGUGAGGUUGAUGAAGUCAAAAACAUCAGUGCGUGUUGGUGACAUGAUUAAUACAGUGUUUUCUUCUGGAUUUUACAGGUAUGAUGUUGAUUCAUUUAUCUCUCACCGAUUUCUUAACUCUGGAGAACCUGAGGCUCUUGUGAGAUUUGUGAGCCUUGGAUCGGAGGAGGAUGAAUGGGUAAACAUAAGAAAGGCAGUCCGCGAGCGCUCUGUUACUCUUGAAAAUUCAGAGUGUAACAAACUGAAGGUUGGGGAUCUUGUUUUGUGCUUCCAGGAGGGAAAGAACCAGUCAAAAUAUCUUGAAGCUCAUGUUAUAGAGAUUCAAAAGAGAUUGCAUGACAUAAGGGGCUGCAGAUGUCUCUUUGUGAUUCGAUAUGGUUGUGAUGACACCGAGGAAACAGUUCGUUUGAGGCGAUUGUGUGUUCGACCAAGCAUAUUAGGGCGUCCUUGACGUAGUUUGAACUUUGAAUGUAGUACAUGCCGCCAGCAUAUGCCACUCAAUCAUAGAAUCGGCUCCAGUCAAGGUGAAAAAUGUCCGAUGAUCCCGCCACCCCUGCUCCCGGAUUUUGAUUCUACUGCUCUAUCUGAGAGGUGCAAAAGAAUUUGAAAAUUCCAUCUGGUGAAUUGCUGCUGCCUUAGGUGUAUAGCUAUUAAAUGGGGAGAACAUUUUGUUUAGCUUAAUAUGACUGUCUAUUGUGAAUAAUUAGCUCUAAAAACAACAUACGAAAAGCUAAAUUUUGAUGAUACUUUAAUGUCAUUAUUGACUGUUUUAGUGUUUGAAACAAUUGUGUCAAAAUUUCUCUUUA